GAACCUAUGACAAUCAGAUUUUUACAUUUUUCAAUGAGAAGAGUACUCACAGACUCGCAGAGGCCAGGAGAACAUGACACAACCUCUCACGGUCUCGCAUGGGCUCUUUACGCGAUGCUCCGAUACCCCUCUUACCUUCCUCGUCUCCAAGCGGAAAUCGAUAGUCUCCCUCUUGAGUUGUCCUCGAACACAGAGCUCUCCUCUCAUUUACCUCUCCUAGAAGCGUUCAUCUCUGAAAGUCUCCGUCUUCACCCACCCACCGCCGUCAUCCUCUCCGAAUGCACCGCCUCUCAGCCUGUGGUGAUGCCAGGAGGUGCGGUCAUCAAACCCGGUGAUAGGAUCUACAUGCUACCAUGGAUCAUGGCUCGGUGUCGAAGUAUCUGGGGAGAAGACGCAGAGGUAUUUCGUCCAGAGCGUUGGAUGGAAGGAGGGAAACGCAAGAGCGCAUAUGAGUUCCCCGUGUUCUUCGCUGGUCCACGUAACUGUCCGGGGCAACAAUUAGGAAGAUCGGAGAUGAUUUAUACAUUGACAGUCGUCUUGAGGGAAUUUGAAUUCGAAGCUGCGUGGCCGAUGGAUCCGAAGGAC